AUGCACGCACCGUUCCGGGUCGCGACCGAAAGGACCAUGUUUGCUAUGCCGGAGACUGACAUCGGCUACUUUACAGACGUGGGCGCUACCCAUUUCCUCGCCCAUCUUGACGGCCAGUUGGGCACUUACCUCGGCCUCUCCAGCGCCCGCGUGACCGGACGGGCAGUCUUUGAAUGUGGUAUUGCAACGCAUUACGUACCUUCACGUAACAUUCCACUUCUCUUGGAACGACUAUCGCGGCUAGAGGAUGCGGACUACAACGUCAUCGACCAAGCGAUUGAUGAAUUCUAUGAGCACAGGACGAGUGGUGGCGGAACCCACGACGAUCCGCCACCGGUUCUUGUCGGAGACGUAAGGGUUGCGAUCGAUCAAGCGUUUAGUCCCAGGGACCCUAUCAUGAUUAUGGAAAACCUCAAAUCUCUGUCACAAGGACGGCCCAUUGCCUCUGCACACCCUACUACCAUGGUCAAGAAGAAGCAAGGCUCAGAGGCACACAGUUUAUCGAGUGGAGCAUCACCAGUUGAAUCUUCGACCGCGUCCGUCUUCGACCCAACGCCACCCGUGGGCGCAGCUGUCGAAGCGUGGGCGACGGAGACGAUGGAAGCGAUUCAAGGACGUAGUCCGACUGCGGUAUGCGUGACGCGGGAAGCCAUCUGGCAGGCGAGAGAGAAGACGCUCCAAAGUGCGUUCGAGACUGAGAUGGGGCUUGCGAAAGCGUUUUGCACGACACUAGCAGGUGACUUUGUCCAGGGCGUGGAGGCAAAGUUGCUCAAGAGGGGAUCAGAAGGCCCACCAAUAUGGGACCCAGCAAGCUUGCUCAAGGUUGACCAGGAAAUGGUCCGUGGCUUGGUGUCCUCCGCGGGAGGAGAGGGCAAGGCAGUGGCAGGAUUCACGCUCGAGACGGGAGAGGGUGCGGGUCGAGACCGGUCAUCGUAUGGUCUGCCGAGCGAGAAGACGAUCCGGGCAAUGGUCCUGGGCGACAAAAGGACCAAGGGCACAGGCAAGUCUGGGUCCAAACGAGGACAAAGCCGCGAGGAGAUUGUCGAUAAAGUUGUGAAAGCGUUCAAAGGAAAGCAUGGAGUGCGAGAACGGGUGCAGGAAGUGUUGACGAGGAGGACACGGGUCGUGGAGAGCGGGGCGGGGGCCGGAGUUGUCGAAUGGAUCGACUGA